AUGGCUCCUAAGGCUUCUUCGUCCUCGAGGGCGUGGGAUGGCCUCACGCCAUCAUUGUCGCAAUGGACCCUCGAUGCCGUGGCAUCGAUGGGCUUUACACGCAUGACGCCCGUCCAGGCCUCGGCCAUCCCUCUAUUCAUGACGCAUAAGGAUGUGGUUGUGGAAGCAGUUACUGGCAGUGGGAAAACGCUGUCGUUCCUGAUCCCAAUCGUAGAAAAGCUUUUGCGCCUUGAAGAUCCGAUCAAGAAGCAUCAUAUUGGAGCUAUCAUUAUCUCUCCAACAAGAGAAUUGGCAUCACAAAUCUAUCAAGUCCUUUUGUCUUUGCUUGAGUUCCACCCUGCAUCGGCUGCAGCGAUCCAUCCCCCCGAAGGCGAUGCGCCCCGUUCGAAGUCCUCCUCCUCGGUCCUGAAAGUCGUUCCACAACUCCUCCUAGGCGGUUCUACGUCUCCCGCGGAAGAUUUGAGCUCUUUCCUCAAAAAAUCCCCAAAUGUGCUCGUUUCCACACCUGGCAGACUGUUGGAACUGCUUUCCUCGCCUCAUGUUCACUGUGCACAAUCAUCCUUUGAGAUGCUGGUAUUGGAUGAAGCCGAUCGCCUGUUAGAUCUCGGAUUCAAGGACGACCUGCAAAGAAUUCUGCGUCAUCUUCCCAAGCAGCGAAGGACGGGUCUUUUCAGUGCCAGUAUCAGUGAAGCUGUUGAUCAGAUUGUCCGAGUGGGUCUUCGCAAUCCCGUAAAGGUCGCCGUCAAGGUCAAGGGCGGUGCUGGUUCCGAAGACAAGCGUACUCCUGCGAGUCUUCAAAUGACCUAUUUGGCUACUCCUCCAGCACAUAAAUUCUCCAUUUUGAAACAAAUUCUGACAACCGUUCAACCUACCCCUCAAAAAACGAUCUUCUUUGUCUCAACAUGCUCCAGUGUGGACUAUCUCGCCAUUAUAUUACCUAUCACUCUUGGGGAUGAAUUCCUCCUCGUUCCUCUUCACGGAAAACAUGCUGCCAACGUCCGCCAGAAGAACUUCACCCGCUUCACCACCUCCACCACCCCCUCCAUUCUCCUAACCACCGACGUCGCUUCCCGAGGACUGGACAUUCCGUCUGUCGAUCUAGUUGUACAGAUCGAUCCUCCCUCUGACCCUAAGACAUUCAUCCACAGAUGCGGCCGGGCUGGCCGUGCUGGCCGACGGGGUCUCAGCAUCGUCCUUCUCCAUCCCGGCCGCGAAGAGGACUACGUUUCAUUCUUGGAGGUGCGCAAGACGCCUGUUGCGCCCUACAAUCUCCCAGAUUCUCCCAGCGAUAGCGAUGCUGCUUCCGCAACCCAACUAGUUCGCAAUGCCAUCUCGAAAGACCGCGCUCUCCAUGAUAAGGGCCAGAAGGCCUUUGUCAGCUGGCUUCGCAGCUACAGCAAGCACCAAGCAGCCAGCAUCUUCCGAGUUGCUGAUCUAGACUGGGAGGCCCUCGGUAAAGCAUGGGGUCUUCUCAAGCUCCCCAAGAUGCCCGAGCUCCGUAACUUCACUGGGGAUAAGACCCUAGGUGUUAGUAUGGAAUGGGACAACUAUACCUACAAGGACAAACAGCGUGAGAAACGACGCAAAGAGAUGAUGGAAGAGGCUGCACAUGGCGACGGCAACCAGCAGCAGGAUUCGCGGAAGCGCCGUGCUGCUGAGAAUGCCUCCUGGAGCCAGAAUAUGGAGAGCCGAGAGAAGAAGCUCAGGCGCAAGGAACUCAAGAAAGCACGGAAAGACCAGGAGAAGUGGGAACAGCUACCGGAGGAAGAGAAGCAGAAAUCCCUUGAGACAAAGCGGAUGGUCGAGGAAAUUCGUCGCAAAAAUGAGCAGCGGUAUUUAUCAAACCAUUCAGGCAAUGCGAAAGCCUCGAAUGAUGCAGGUAGCGGUGAUGACUUUGAAGGAUUCGAUUGA